AUGAGAUCAUCUGCGGUUCUCCACUUCCAACAGUCUGCGACCGCCAACUUGAGAAGACCUUGGCAGACAUUCAAGGAUGGCCAGAUAUGGUACGGUCUUACCACCAGAGGAUCUAAAAGACACCCACUCACAUCCAAACAGGGUAACAAGCACUAUUACAAGGGUACCGGCUCGUCAGGAUACGGUAAGUUAAACAAGGCUGGCCAGUACAUUGUCAACUGGGAAAAAGUGAGAACUUACGUCGUUCCUGCUGACUUGCACAACACAGACUUGAGAGCAUUGGUUUCUGGCAAUGUUCCACAAAUAUACCAGCGUUAUGAGGGCUACAGCGAUGAACUGAAGAGUCCUGAGUUACUCUGGAACAAUGUCAAGGACUUCAUCGAAUACGGUGAGAACUACAACGACCAGGACUUGGAGAAGAGCAACUACUUGGAGGAAUUCGUGCAUCCUGAUAUUAUCAAAGCCGAGCAAGAGGAGAACACUGUCAUUACCAAGGAGUAG